GAAACGGAGCGCCCAUGGCGCUGUAUGCCCGCCUUAUUCAAGUCUGUGUAGGCGAUACCAGGGUCUUCCAGGAUGGCCGCCUUUUAAAGGGGCUUGUAAACAGACCUUGUAACAUGUCACAGACACACCAGUAGCACGUUAGCCCUCUGUCUGUUCAGCUAGCAGUGCUGGUAAACUGCAGUGCAAUGUCGUCUUUACUGCACAGUUUUCACGGUCCCUCCCGUUUAUUAGCUCACGCUUUACUUACCGGGGGAGUAAACGGAGCCCAAAAAGUGUUCAGCAGACUGAGAGGAGCUAAUUCAACCUUCAGUUUGCGCUCCUUUCUGGAGUCUUUGUGUGGAGAUGAGGCGAGGCUGGAUAAGGACACUCAAGCACUCACUACAAAGCCACUGGUCUGCUUGUUUUCUGAUGCCUUCAAGUGUGAUCUGCUUUGCUUUCUGCACCUUGUGCAUUCCUGGGUGCCACGGGACAGUGUGCUUGCCCUGCUCCACUGCAUGGCUCAGGAAGUGAAGCAAAAGCCAUGGAUUUGGGCCUUAAUUCACCAGCUUCAGAGAGACAUUGGUGAUGAGGAGCUUGGGCAAAAUACCCUUCUCAGCCCAGAAUGUGUGGUGCGUCUGAAAGGGCUGUGCGAGAAAUUCAAAGACCCUGAAGCAAAAGGAGGGUGGGACCUCUAUCUGAAUGAACACAGGACCGAAGUGCUGUCAAAUAAUGAGACAGAUUCAGUUCACAAGAAGAGAAAAAGCGAGGUUAUAGAUCUUGAUAUAGAUACAGAUAUGGGUGAGCCCAAAACCAAAAGGAUGAAGAUGGAUCUCCCAGCCAGUGAGGACACUGAGAGUGAAAAGGUGGCUGAGGAGGAGGAGGAAAUUGACGUGCAGCUUUACUGUGGUCCAGAUAGAAGUUCUUCACCGGGACAGCAACCACAACAUGAUGAUUCACUGAGUAUCUUGCCAGAGCACAUAAAGGCUGCUGUUCCUUUGAUUAAAGAAUUAUUGCAGUCUGAAACAGAGUGGGAUGAGAGCUGUAUGGCGACACUCAAAGUGCUGAAUGAAUGUGACUCAAAACAGUUACAGGUGUUGUGUGGACUGCUGGGUUUGGCUGAAGUACCUGAGCAGAUGUUACCUCAUUUCUGCAGCUUCCUGCUGUCUCUGUCUCCAGAUCUCAGCCACAGCACGGCCUCUGUCAUUAUCAAGAACCUCUUGCUUGGCAAGGUUCUUUCCCUCACUGAACCAGCCUCACGCUCUCUGGUCACUGCCGUAACGUCACUCUGCAGUCGAUACCCAAGACCCACCUGCCAAGCUCUCAUAGAGCCAAUCAUAAAGCAAGGACAAACAGGUAGCGCUCAGGCUGAACUGCUGUGUCAGCUUUUGAAGAACUGCCUUGAGCCACAUCACAGGCUUCUUGUAUUCGAGAUGACACUUGUGGGCUUGUGGAAUGACGGUUUGUUGUCAGUCAUCCAUGCCAUACUGGAUUCAAAGAUUGAGCUGAGUGAAGAGCUUUUUUCUCUUUUCACCAACCAGUUGAGCAGUCAGUCUCCACACUUUACCAAGUCCAUGAAGUUCGCUAAGAUGAUGCUGACUGUCUUGACAAAGUUCCACUCUCAUGUGAAUGCAGCAUGCCAGCACACACUGUCCUCCUGUAUCUCUUUCAACGAGACCUUCUUGAAGAAGUCCCUCCAGGCUGCUCUUAAACGCAUUACUCAUUAAUGUUAUAUUAUGUUAUGUUAGUAAUAUAUAAGAAAAUGUUCUAUAUUUUAUCAAAUGUAUUGGACUGUAAGUGUAAUAUAAAUAUAAAUAAAUAAACAUG